UGCCACUGACUGAGCUGCAGUCGCGAUGUCGCCCUACCUGGCCUUGGCGCUGCUCGCGCUACUGUCUCUGUCAGGACUGGACGCUGUAGAACCUGCUCCAAAAAUUCAGGUUUAUUCUCGUCACCCAGCUGAAGAUGGAAAGCCAAAUUACCCAAACUGCUACGUAUCUGGCUUUCAUCCACCUCAGAUUGAAAUCGAGUUGUUGAAGAACGGAGUGAAGAUGGAGAAUGUGGAGCAGUCAGACUUGUCUUUCAGUAAAGACUGGUCUUUCUAUCUUCUGGUCCACAGUGAAUUCACACCCAAUGGCAAAGACCAAUAUAGCUGCCGGGUGAAACAUGUCACUUUGAAAAAUCCAGAAGUAGUUAUGUGGGACCAAGACAACUAACCAGCAUCAUGGAGGUCUGAAGAUAGCUCAUUUGGAUGGGACUAAUUCCAAGUUGUUUUCAUCUUUUUAAUAUUGAUAAGCUUAUAUACUUUAUGCACAAAAUUGAUGAG